CUGGCACAUCUCUCUCCCCCUCACCCCUCCUUCUCCUUCUCCAACUCCGCCGCCGCCAUGGCCAGGCCGGUGUGGUGGUGCGCCUCCGUCACCCAUCCAUCCACCAGCAUACCCACCACCAGCAGCCUCCAUCCACCACUCCACUAGCGCCACCAUCUCCAGCCAUUGCCGCCAUCAGCACCAAGCGCCUCUCUCCUCCUUUCUGCCCCGAUCUUGCUCCUCUUGUCUCUCAACGUACCCUGCUGCUGCUCCUUCUUCUCUUCCUCUGUUGCUGCUGCUGCUCUCUCAACCCUCCACGCUGCUGCUGCUCUGAACUCCCAACCUCCUGCGGUUUCUCUCUGAACCCCUUCGCUGCUGCUCCUCCCCUCGUCCCUACUGCUGCUCCUCCUCCGCUCGACUUCUUCUACCUGCCGCUGCUGCUGCUCUCAACCUCUCUCCUUGCGCCCCUUCUUCUCCCACGAACUACUGCACCUUCUCCUCUCAACGCCUCCUACUGCUGCACUUUCUCUCCAACGCCCCUGAUGUCCAGCUGCUCCUCUUCACCAACUUGCUGAUGUCAUCUCUCUCUAUAUCUCUUUCUCCCUCUCUCUAUUCUCUAAAUUUCUGUAAUCUUUGAGUAGUGUAAUGUUCAGUACUCUGUAAUGUUCAGAAUUGAGAUGUGUAAUACUUAUAAUAUUCAGAUUUCAUAAGAGCUUAUAACCUGACGAUUGUUCAGUUUCGGACUUAUAAAUAUUGUAUCACAUAUUGUGUGUUCUCACCAGUUGAAGUGUUCUUGCCGUGUAUUUGUGGUCUUUCUGUCACCAUAUAUGAGUAUCCAACCUUGUGAACUUGUUUCAUUUUGUAGUCUGUGUUAACUCCAGCACGUGUGAUAUAUGUAUACAUGUGUGCCUAUGAUGUGAUAUGUUCAUGUUCUGUCCUAAAACCUUGUUUCUUCCUCCAUGUUAUAUAUAUGAUCAUGUCUUUUUAAUUCCCUAGCUGUUUGAUGAUUGCUCGUAUUAGUAUUUUAACUUCUCAAGCAUUACGAAAAUACCAAAAAGACAAUGAGUAAAAUCUGAAUCUCCCUUUGCUUCUUUUCAUUUACUUUGUCGCCAAUUUUCCGAAACGAUCUUAGAUACUUCAGGUUUAUUUUCCCAGUAAUCGUCACUUAAAUUGUCUAUCCUAGCUUUAGCCGAGCAUCAUCGCUGAUCGUCUAGUCCCUGUGGAGAACAAGACAUACGUAGUUUGGGGCGUAAAAACCCCGCUAUAUUACAAUUGAUCAUUUUAGCGGCGUUGCCGGGGACUAGCGUCGUGUGACCGUGUUAGGCUAUAGACUAGGUUUUUCUUCUUUUUCUAGUUUGUGCCAUAUAUUCGUGAUAUAUCUCUAACCGCUAACCCCUGUUCUAGUUAGUAUCUUUUUUUUUUGUUUUCUUUUCCUUUUUGCAGGUUAGAACUAUCUUCUCGGAAAUGGCAUUCUAUUCAGAUCAUCAUGCUUAUGCGAGCAACACUACAAACAGCAUGGAAAGUAUUCAAGAACUGAUAGGUAAGAUUUCCCAUCGAUUACAUGAUUUAGCUGGGCAGCGAGAUGUAGUUUUUGAGGAUAGUCCUAGUUCUUACGAUCCUUAUUCCAGAGGCCAUCCUUAUGUUGCUCCUACUUGCCAUAUUUGUGGAUUUCAGGGCCAUUCGCCCGCUGAAUGUCAGCGUGGCUACUCUCACACUCCAGAUUGUUUUGGCAUGAGCUUCGCUCAAGAUCAUAGCUCAUACCAAAACAAUUACUCAUAUGGGUGGCCUGAAAACCCGAAUAUGUCAUAUAGGAGCAACAACCCUGAGAUCUCAUCGUUUGCUUCUAGUAAUCAUAUGCAGGGAUUUAGGUACAAUGAGGAGAGCCACAACUAUGCUCCACAACAGAUUUAUUCAGCUCCUACUCAUAUACCUCAACACCAGGAGAUGUUGCCAAUGGAGUUAAAUGGUCCUCCAUUUGGUCAACCAACAACUCCAGCAACUGCUGAGCAAUCUCAUGUGCAAGUGCCCACACAAGAUGAAUUUGAUGAUAUAGACAAGCUCACAUUGCUUAGUCUCGAGUUCACUUGGAGUGCUGAAGAUGAUCCAAUUAGGCCGAUGAUACUAGAUGAAAUGAAGAAUAUCAAGAGUGGAAAAGAGCUAGUGGAUGAAGUAAGGAAGAUUGAGAAGAACAUCAACGCUAGUAGUACUACCUCAUCUCUCCUUGAGCUGAGUGCUGCUGAGAUUUCUAGUCAUACAUGUGAGGUUCCAACACCGUCACAUCCAGUUGAGCAAGAUAGCAAGAGUCCAGAGGAAGAAAGACCUCGGAUUGAAGAAGAUGAACUAGAAGACAAGGAACAAGAUGAUCAAGAGCUGCAAUUCCCAAGUGAUCAAGUUGAAGACUCAUCAUCUACUACUCCUGAAGAAAUACAAGAAGCUGCUGUAGAUGAAGAUGAAGAACAUGCGAUUCAUUUGCCUAUCGUCAUACCAGAGCGUGAUGUGUCAGGUUUACCCAAUCCUCUUGAUGACAUGAUGCCUUGUGAUUUCUUUGCUACUACCUUGCAUUACAUGAUACCAUCACUUAAGAUUGAUUUGAAAACUCAUUUGCUUGGAUAUGAUGAUAUAUACCCUGUUAGUGGCAUUACUCUCAUUUGUGAUGAUCAUAGUUACUUUCCUCGUGCUAGUCCUAUGCUUCAUGAAACAUAGCAUUCCCAUGUUAGUCUUAAGCUUAAUGAUAAAUAUCAUCCUCAUGUUAGUGUUGACCUUGCUAAUUUCUACCAUCCUAAACAUGUGCUUUAUAGCUAUGCUUAUGUAAUUGGAUAUUCGAUUGAUGACUUGGAGGGUAUUAUCCCUACCACUUGCAUUGUCUCUUUGGUUGAGUGCUCUUUCAGGUUAUUGCUUGUGCACGAUCCACUACAUGCUGACCAAGUUCGAGAUGACAUUCCCUGGGACCCUGGUGGACCCAUGGCAUGGGGAUGAGGAGAAGCAAGGAGCACACAUGAAGAGAGAAGCUGGAGCAGGCAUGAGGAUAGGGAAGCAAAAGGAGAGGAGUCGCAAUGCACGAGGAUGUGAGAGUGAUCGAGCGAGACUUACAUCAUAUAAACCCGAAAAGUGCGCAAAGGCACUAUAAUCUUCAAGAUUCGGACGAAUUGGCCAUUGAGAAGAGAGAAGGGCAGGAAAGAGGUGAAGAAAGGGACCUGAGCAUGAAGGAAAGAAGAAACCGGGGGCCAAAACUAAAGAUGGAGGGGAUCGACUUCAGAAGAAAGAAGGAAAGGAGGAGGGCCAAAUUGCAAUAUGGGCUGAUCAACCGUGGGGUCAAAAUCCCUAGAUGCCUUCAUCCCCAAAUCGGGCAUGGCACAUCUCUCUCCCCCUCACCCCUCCUUCUCUUUCUCCAACUCCGCCGCCGCCACGGCCAGGCCGGCGUGGUGGUGCGCCUCCGUCACCCAUCCAUCCACCAGCAUACCCACCAUGAGCAGCCUCCAUCCACCACUCCACUAGCGCCACCAUCUCCAGCCACUGCCGCCAUCAGCACCAAGCGCCUCUCUCCUCCUUUCUGCCCCGAUCUUGCUCCUCUUCUCUCUCAACGUCCCCUGCUGCUGCUCCUUCUUCUCUUCCUCUGCUGCUGCUGCGGCUCUCUCAACCCUCCACGCUGCUGCUACUCUGAACUCCAACCUCCUGCGGUUUCUCUCUGAACCCCUUCGUUGCUGCUCCUCCCCUCGUCCCUACUGCUGCUCCUCCUCUGCUCGACUUCUUCUACCUGCCGCUGCUGCUGCUCUCAACCUCUCUCCUUGCGCCCCUUCUUCUCCCACGAACUGCUGCACCUUCUCCUCUCAAUGCCUCCUACUGCUGCACUUUCUCUCCAACGCCCCUGAUGUCCAGCUGCUCCUCUUCACCAACUUGCUGCUGUCAUCUCUCUCUAUCUCUCUUUCUCCCUCUCUCUAUUCUCUAAAUUUCUGUAAUCUUUGAGUAGUGUAAUGUUUAGUACUCUGUAAUGUUCAGAAUUGAGAUGUGUAAUACUUAUAAUAUUCAGAUUUCAUAAGAGCUUAUAACCUGACGAUUGUUCAAUUUCGGACUUAUAAAUAUUGUAUCACAUAUUGUGUGUUCUCACCAGUUGAAGUGUUCUUGCCAUGUA